AUGAUGAAAAGUAAAAGCUUGCUAUUUUUUGUGGUUAUUUUUCUGAUUUUUGUGGUAGAAGCCAAGAAAAGUUGCCGGAAGAAAGAUGAGACCAGAAAAGCCAGGGUGAGUUGAUUUGAAAUGUGCGCCUGGGGGUUUUAGAGCUGGACUGGUGUUCGAUGAACACCAACACUUCACUUACGGUCACCGUAGAUCAAAAUUUGGAGCAUUUCCGAAUUUUUUACUUACAGUAACUCAAAAAGCUUAAUUUUUAUAGCUGAAAAUUUUUUUGCCCUAUUUUUCGGGCAUCCCGAUUUUUCCCCUAACUUCAAAAGUAUGAUUUUCUCAAAUAGCUCAAAAUAUUGACACACUCUAUCAUAAGGUUAUUAGUACUCAAGUGUCAAAACAAACUAGUUCCCGAAAAUCCAAAAAAAAAUAAACAAAAUGUUUUUUUGCAGGCGUUCGCAGUGAAAUCUGGAAAUGCAAUCGAUGCUGUGGAAUUUGAAGAUCGGGUUUUGAGAAAACCAGUGCAGAAAAUCUAUUUUUGGCCGAGUUUAAAUGAAUUUGAGAAAAAUGUUUUGAGAGACGCGUUUUUUCAAAUUGGAAGAAGAACUUGUUUGAAAUUUGAAGAACAAGCUUAUAAACCAUGGUAUCAUGCGGAUAGAUGGGAUAGUAAUUCACCGCAUGUUUUGAUUAGGAAAUCUGGAAAAUUUGCAGGUAUAGAAUUUAGAAGAGUUUUUUAACGAGAAUCUUGAGUGCUACUUUUCUCACAGAAGAGAAACGCUUCUAAAAAAUAAAAUUUUUGAAACAAUUUGAGAAAUUUGAACCUGAUAUUCCACUUAAAAAUGUGAACCUGCAAACUUUCUUUAAACAACAAACCCCAAAUCCAAUUAUUUUCCAGCCUACUCUGAUGCAAUUGUCGAAGGUCUAAUUGAUCGAACAAUUUUAUAUAUCGCUCAAGAUUCUUUCAUUCAAUCAAAUUUCAAUCAAUCGAGAGGAAUUGUUAUGGAUCAAUUGGUUAGAUUUAUGGGUAAGACCAACUUUUUUCUGAAAUUUUCAAAUAAAAAUUUUUUUUAGGUCUUCAGAGAGAACUCUAUCGUCCAGAUGCUGUCUCGUAUGUUCAGGCAAAAACGUGAGUUGGAAAUGAAAAGCUCAUGCCACAACUUCAGGUUUUUUUUUACAGCGGAGGAAUUCCAAAUCUCGGAUCACCUGACUACAAUCCAAUUCAAUUAUCUUGGCCAUUUGAUCCGGAAUCGAUUACAGUACCACUUUGGGCAAGGGAUAAAUUUAGGCUAACUCCGUAUUGUCCAGCGAGAAAUGAUGCAGAUAUUGGAGCUGGGCAAAGAGUUGGAUUAUUGACAAAGUAAGACAGAAAUUGGUUUUUUGGAAUGGUUACUGUAGAUUUUAUUUUUGAAUUUUAUUCAAAUUUUCGAAUGAGCUGUUCAAUGUAUUGUUUCAGAUGGGACACAAUCAAACUAAACAGCAUGUUCUGUCCAGAUCGGGUAAAUGAUGCAGAUGCUUCUCGUGGCCCUUGCAUUGUUCCUCGAUCAAAAGAUUUGGACAGUUUCCGAAAACGAUUAUGGGCUUAUAAACGACUUUUAGCCAAGAACACGAAAAAAGCAAAGAAAUCUAGAAAAUCAUAA